AUGCAAUCUCUUCUCGGCUUGGGCUUGAAAUUCUGUCCCCGUCCAGAAUUCACCACCAGCCAGAGCCGCUUUUCUACAUCCCUGGACCGUUUUGCGAAAGAUCUUCAAACAAAGUGUUACUUUGCUGGCGAAGAGUCUGAGUGGACUCCAAAACAGCUUUAUAUUCGCAAUGACCAAUGGCAAUUAAAAGACCAAAUGAUCAAUCGUGAGAUUCAGGCCCGAAUUGACUCCUUUCGCAAACGACUGAAGCCACUGUUCCGUCGCCGAAAAGUCUAUUCAAACCUCACUCCCAUCCAGCACCGUCUCCUCUCCACCCUCCGCCAUCACCCUGAUCUACUCGUCCUCAACUCUGAUAAGAAUCUAGGACCAGUGAUUUUGGAACGAGAAGUCUACGUACGCCGCUGCCUUACUGAUCAUCUUCUCACCCGGCCCUAUCAACAACUUUCUCAGGAAGAAGCUGACAACUUCACCUCUGAAACGAGACACCUUCUCAAGAAAUUCCUCACCGAGAACUCCUAUGCCAUCAGCAAAAUGGACAUGACAUAUCUUCGGAGAUCUCUUGAGUCUGUGACAGACCCCUAUGCAUACUUCUACGUCCUUGCAAAGAUUCACAAGAGCCCUUGGAAGACACGCCCAAUCGUUUCCGUCUCUGGAAGCUUGCUCUAUGGCCUUGGCAAAUGGCUAGACCAACAACUUCAGCCCCUUGUUAAGAAACUUCCUACCUACCUUUCCAGCUCAUUCCAACUAAAAAUGAUUUGGACAACAUGCAUGGAACUGACUUCUCUCGCAUGA